AUGACCGGCGGUUCACCACCAAAGACUGAAGUUGAGGCCCGAGAGAAAAGGGCGAAGGACAAGGUCCGAAAGUCUGGUACCAGCGCCCAGGGCAAAGCGCUUCGAUUAGGCGAAUUUGCCGAUGUGUUUUCGGCUGUCGUCUACUACAACCCGACAUAUCGGUGGCUGGACGGUGCCAUCCACGUACCUGAAGGUCAAGACAUCCCUGACGUGAAUGCAUUUUUGGCGCAGAUUUUGAACGACUCGGCCUGCAAUGGUCCCCAACACGGCCCACGGCGCGCGCAAACGUGCAGCCAGUCCGCACAGAACGCACAGGCAGGCGACACCUCCGUCCGCGACAACAUGACGGCGGAGACUGGCAGUAUGGAUAUUGACGCCGCUGCGGAGGCAAACGUCCUCCAGAACAACAGCGACGACGGCAACGGUGCUCGUUAUACUGAUGCUUCGCCAAUCAGUCACGGCGGGAAUUCGCAAGUCGCCAAAGACACUGGUAAUGGGAGGCAGCUUCGCCAUCGUCUACCCGACGGUCCGGCCCUUCGGGAUACGGGCGGACGUGUUGUGAAGCAAGAGAUGCCCGACGGCGCCGUCGCUGAUGGCGCGGGGGAGGCUGACACGUCGGGGGAUGCACGGGACAUCAGUAUGCAUGGCCCCUUCGACAGUGUGGUUGGAAAUAAGGCGCAGAACGGGCAGUCCGGCGAUGUGUCGGAGUGGGAGACGGUGAAUUCACAAUACGCAGAAGCGCCGACUGCGCGGGUGACGCGCCGAGGCCUCACCAGACUGCAGGCGGUGAGGGUUCAACGAGUUUUGCAACAAAUAUCUCUGCACAUGCGACUCGCCUCCCGUCAAGAGCGGAUGCCGCCGCACAGGAUGGUUCAUCAGGACAGAUGGAGAGGACCCGGCGAGCGUUGCAUCGGAGAGUUUGUUGUUUUAAAGUGGGGUACCACCGGGAACCAUGGCAAUGUCAUCAUGUCUCCUGAAUGCAUUCUCCCGCGCGCCGAGGUGUUCGGAAACGUGUACGAGUCCAUGAAUGCGCCUUGA